AUGGCCAGGCCUGGCCACGGCAGGAGCCGAUCGUCGUUGAAGGAGGAUGAGGACGAGGAGGGCGAGGACCCCCUGGACGCCCUGAUCUCCCGGACGGGCUGCAUGGGGCAGCACCGGGCGCUGCAGGACUGCAUGGCACAGCGGCAGGACUGGCGACACUGCCAGCCCCAGGUGCGAGCCUUCGGCGAAUGCAUGGCCCGGAGGCAGCGCCGGGCACCGGAGCCGCCGAGCCCCCAGGAGCCCAACCGAGCCCAGCCCUCCCCAGCCCCGGACUGA